UUCGAUAAUAUACCUAUCUAAGUAAUUGCCAUCUCCAAAUAAAUUCACACGUUUGAUUUUAGGAAAAAUGGAUAAUCCUAAGUUAUCGAGAGCCCUACGUGAUUUGCCGAAUAGAGUGCUGAAUGUUGCUGUUGAGGAGCGUCUGACACUAUUUCAAAACGUGAGUGACGUACUUGAUAAUCCCGGUGUAAACUCAGCCAUCAUUAGAGGUAUUUGUAAAGUGAUCGGAACAACGUUAUCAAAGUACAAGGAUGCACCAUCACAGCUACUAGUUCGAAAAUUAAUUUGUGACUUAACCAUCUUUCAUCAUGACUUAACUAUAGAACAUAUGCUAGCUGUUAUUAAAACACUAUUGCUAAAGGAAUUACCAUUAAUACCUGCUCCAAAAUCAUGCAGACCUGCUGUUGUAGCCCUAGGAUGGAUUUGCUUGCUUUUAAAAAAUGCAAAUAGAGAUUCAAAUAUUUAUAAAACAGAAAAGUUGAGGUUAUUUGAAUACCAGUCGAUGUUGUACCAAACAACUUUACUUGCCCAAAACACACGUGUCACAGAUGCAGCCACAAAGAUACUAUAUGAUUUAUGGGAGAAUAAUAAUAUUUUUAAUGAUACGUUGACUUCAUUAUUUCAAAUGGAUGCAAAUUCGAAUAUUACAAUACUGAUAAUGGCAAUGAUACGAUUUGAAACUGAACACAGUCAGUUGAAUAUAUUGAAAAUAUACAAGAUUCAAAUUAUAGAAUACUUUGUAAAAAGUAUGAUAUUGUGCAAGUCGAAACCGGAAAAUGCAUUAAUAUCUGCUUGUCAACCAUUAUUAUCAGCACUAAAUAAUUCAGAAUUUUCACAAUAUAUAUAUAACGAUUUACAAAAGUCUAUGCUUCGCAGUCCUGAAAAUACCCUGGAGAGUGUUGGAUUGAUUUUUAACCUUAUUAACAUUGAUUGUAGUCCUUACGCUGGUCAAAUUGCUACAGUCUUAAUUAAAAAUUUAUACAGUAAAGGAGAAGUUGCUCGCACUGAAUCCUUACAAUCUUUAAAAAGUCUAUCACAAAAAUGCUCAGAUGUCAAGAUUAUAAAAACAUUAUUGGAACUUAUUUUCUCUAUUUUAAAUGGAUCUGAUGGAAAAAUAAAUGUUGUGGAGCAUAGAAUAAAAUUAUUGCAGGGAGCUGGUUAUUUAAGCUUUAACGACGUACAUGCCAACGAAUUACCCGAAAUAUUAAACUUGGCUGCCGAUCUAUUUAGCAAGGCGCUUGAUACUGAAUCCCAGGAAAAAGUGAUAUGCUGUACACUAGAAAUGUUUGCGCUUUGGUGCGGAAGGUUCAAAGAUGAGGUACCCAGUGUAAUUAUAAAUAUUUUUAAAACUGGCAUAGAACAUAAAAACACAACUCAAGCUAUUCGACAAAGUUACCUUGAAUGGUUGCUUUCAUCAAUGCAAAAUGCUGACGUCAAGAAUACAGAAAAUAUAGUUCCAAAAUUGUACUCCUUAUAUUCAAAAGCUUUACAACAGUCCUCUCAGUUAUCUAACAUAUCGGAAGCAGCAUGUAUUGCCUGUAUUUUGCUUAUUUUAGAAACACCAUCUGAUUUAUAUCCAGUUUUCUGGACUUCCCUAUUUGAUUUGAAUAAACAAUAUUUUUUUAAUGAGAAGUUAUUAGCUACAGCAACUGCCGAAACUCUAUGCCACAUUUCAUUUAUAGCAAAAGUUAUAUUUAAAUCAUAUUUAGACCAAGUCAGAGGUCCGAUAGAAUCAUUGCACAAAGCAUUGCUUCAUAAUUUAUGUAGUUGUAUACCUAAAGUGAGAACUUAUACAAAAGCACAAAUUGAAGAAAUCAUAAAAUGUUCUGAUGGCGUAGAUUUUGUUAAACUAGCUCUUAGGGAGUAUAGUAAACUUAUAAAUUCACCGAAAUAUAUAAAUGAAAUAGACAAUUGUAACGAACUCGCUGGUACUCAAGCAUAUGUAGAUGCGUUAGAAGUCUUAUGUGGCUUACAAAAUGUGUCUUAUAAAGACUCUGUGGAGUUAACUCUAUCUCUUUUAGAAAUUGCGAAUUGUCCAACAAUAUUGUUCAAUAAUCCAUACUUUUGGGAAACAACAAUUCAGAACAACUUUGAUUUGAAUCCUGAAAGCUUCAUUGCAAAAAAUAAGGAGCAAAUCAUUGAAAAGUAUAUAAAUAAUUUUAAAAUAUCUCCAGUUUAUGAAAAUGUUAUAUCUUCAAUAGUCCGAAUAAACCCACAAACAAUAGUGCCCCAUAUAAUAGACCACAUUAAAGCAUUUCUGAAAGCUGACAGCAAUCUCUCUGUAAGCAAUGAAGAAUUUUUUAUCUUUAUGACACCAGACGGAGAAUUGUAUGAUAAAAGUGUAAUACCGCAUGUUGACUCUCAAUAUAAAACCAGUGGCGUUAAACGAGAAAACAAAGUUUACAGUUAUAAAGAACAGUUAGAAGAAAUUCAACUUCGUCGUGAAAUUGACGAAAAGCGUCAAAAGGAAGGUAAAUCGAAGACUGUAAAACUAACCCAGAAACAACAAGAAUUAAUAAAAAACCAAACAGAAAAAGAAAUGCGUAUAAAGCUGCGUGUUCAAGAUAUGCAUGAAAAAUUAAUGUCUGUAAUAAGUUUGUUUAAAGCUUCUUGUUCUGGAAAUGAAAAAUUCAUUUCUUUAAAUUUUUAUACUUUAUUAGAUGAUAUUUUACGUGCCACCCAUAACUCUUUAUGUGCUGAACCUUUAACAGAUCUUUACUAUUUUUUACAUAAAAUGUGUUUUAAAACUCAUUCAGAAUUGGGACGCGCUAUUUCUAUUGCAACAAUCCGACUUCAAAAACCAUCUUGCACUUUAAAAGAUGAAUGGAUUGAGAAAAAUAUUAAUGAGAAUAUUAUAGAUAUAAUAUCAGAUCUUAAAAAAUACGUUAUUAUAAAUUCGAACAUAUUAGAUUCACAGUCUUUUUCGUAUGCAUUUGAGUUUCUGAAACGUGCGAUUACUUACUUCAGUAAUAACACCAAUGAAGAAUUUAUAUUAAUAUGUAUUAAAUUGAUUGAAAUGCACGUCAAAAGGGAAAAUACAUCUACAGUUGAGUCUAACCAUCCAAAGUACUUACCUAGGCUGGGUAUGUUUCGCAUAUUACUAUAUUUGAUGCAAAACAAUUACACCCCCAUCCAAACUCAAGCCGUAAAUGCUCUGCUAGAAGUGGCGAUUGUCUCAUCUGGCGGAGAAUCCAAUUCUACACCAGAUUAUCAUAUAAUUGAAUUAUUUUUGGAUAGCUUGCAACAUGAAAGCGAUACUAUAAGAGAUGUAGCGUUACGUGCAAUUAAAAUAAUGAUUAACCCAAUAGUUACUUAUUCAAAAACUAAUGCAGAUUUGAAUAAAAAAAUUAUAUCCAGAUUGUGGAUAGCAAAAUUCGAUAUUUCGACAGAUAUACGACAGCUCGCUGUUGAAAUUUGGGACAUUACUAGAUUUUCUUAUCCCGAGUUUGACGAUAUUAUUUGUGAUAUUACACAUCCAGAACUCUGUAUACAAAAAGCAUCAGCGGAGUCUUUAAUACCAAUAAUAGUAAAUAACGACAAAUUAAUUAAAUAUGGAUUAAUGAAAAUGUUAGAUAUUUACAAUGAAAAACUAACUUUAAUUCCUCCCAAACUUGAUAAGUUUGACCGAGAAAUUGAACCUGCGUCUGAUCAAUGGAAACCUAGAAGAGGAGUUGCAAUAGCAAUAUCUCAAAUUGCUCAAUUUUUAUCUAUUGAAGAUAUAAAUUAUUUAAUGCAAUUCAUGGUAUCGAAUGGCCUUGGUGACCGAGAGGAAAUUGUUCAUAAAGAAAUGUUAGCUGCUGCAUUAAAAAUAGUUGACUUACAUGGAAAAGAGACAAUUAUAAGUUUACUGCCAGUUUUUGAAGAAUUUCUUGAUAAAGCGCCAAAGUCGCAAAGUUACGAUAAUAUACGUCAGGCGGUUGUAAUACUUAUGGGUUCCUUGGCUAGGCAUUUGGAAAAAGAAGAUAAAAGGAUUGAUCCAAUAGUUAAACGAUUAAUAACUGCUUUGUCUACACCAUCUCAACAAGUACAAGAAGCAGUAUCAAAUUGUCUACCACAUCUAAUGCCGUCUGUUAAAGACGAAGCUCCGGCCAUGGUUAAGAAAUUAUUACAUUCAUUGACUAAAUCUGAUAAAUACGGAGAAAGAAGAGGUGCUGCGUACGGAAUAGCUGGCAUUGUGAAAGGACUUGGAAUUCUUUCGCUUAAGCAGUUGGACAUAAUGUCAAAACUAACAUCCUAUAUACAAGACAAAAAAAAUUAUAGAUGUCGUGAAGGUGCGCUAUUUGCAUUCGAAAUCUUAUGUACCACACUUGGUCGCUUAUUUGAGCCAUAUAUAGUCCAUGUUUUACCUCAUUUAUUACAGUGCUUUGGGGAUUCUUCCCAAUAUGUUCGACAAGCUGCUGAUGACACAGCCAAAGUUGUUAUGGGAAAGCUUUCAGCUCAUGGAGUUAAAUUGGUACUACCAUCGUUAUUGCAGGCUUUAGAUGAAGAUUCCUGGAGAACAAAAACAGCUUCUGUUGAAUUAUUAGGUGCUAUGGCAUUCUGUGCUCCUAAACAAUUGUCUUCUUGUUUGCCCAGUAUAGUGCCCAAAUUAAUAGAAGUUCUUGGUGAUUCCCACACGAAAGUACAAGAAGCUGGCGCAGAUGCACUUAAAGUAAUAGGAUCCGUGAUUAAAAAUCCAGAAAUUCAAGCUAUUGUUCCUGUUUUAUUAAGAGCAUUGGAAGAUCCUUCUAAUAAUACAUCAGCGUGUCUCCAAAGUUUAUUGAAAACUAAAUUUAUUCACUUUAUUGAUGCUCCUUCUUUAGCUCUUAUUAUGCCGGUAGUUCAAAGAGCAUUUAUGGAUCGAUCAACUGAAACAAGAAAAAUGGCUGCUCAAAUCAUCGGAAAUAUGUAUUCACUUACAGAUCAGAAGGAUUUAACUCCAUAUCUUCCAAGUAUAAUUCCUGGCUUGAAAUCGUCAUUACUUGAUCCUGUUCCUGAAGUUAGAGCAGUAUCUGCCCGUGCUCUUGGAGCAAUGGUUAAAGGAAUGGGUGAAACCUCAUUUGAAGACCUACUUCCGUGGUUAAUGCAAACUCUAACAUCAGAGUCUAGUAGUGUAGACCGUAGUGGUGCAGCUCAAGGACUUUCUGAAGUUGUCGGAGGACUGGGUGUAGAAAAAAUGUACAAGCUUAUGCCAGAAAUAAUUUCCACAGCAGAGCGAACAGAUAUUGCUCCACAUGUUAAAGAUGGCUACAUAAUGAUGUUUAUAUAUAUGCCAGGUGCAUUUCCUGAAGAAUUUACACCGUACAUUGGACAAAUCAUUAAUCCAAUCCUUAAGGCAUUAGCAGAUGAAAGCGAAUAUGUUCGCGACACUGCCCUAAAGGCUGGACAGCGCAUUGUAAAUUUAUAUGCAGAAACUGCUGUGGCGCUUUUACUACCGGAAUUAGAAAAGGGCUUAUUUGACGAGAACUGGCGAAUAAGAUACAGCUCCGUUCAAUUACUCGGGGACUUAUUGUAUCGCAUAUCCGGUGUAUCUGGAAAAAUGACUACUGAAACAGCAAGUGAGGAUGAUAAUUUCGGUACAGAACAGUCACACACUGCAAUAAUUCGGUUCUUAGGUGAUGAACGACGUAACAGAGUUUUAUCUGGUCUUUAUAUGGGCCGAAGUGACGUAUCGUUAAUGGUCCGUCAAUCAGCGCUUCAUGUUUGGAAAAUAGUUGUUACAAACACUCCUAGAACAUUACGAGAGAUAUUGCCAACAUUAUUUGGAUUGUUGCUAGGUUGCUUAGCAAGUACAAGCUACGAUAAGCGACAAGUCGCUGCGCGAACAUUAGGAGAUCUAGUAAGAAAACUUGGUGAACGAGUUUUACCUGAAAUAAUACCUAUACUAGAAAGUGGAUUAAAUUCAGAACAUCCAGAUCAGAGACAAGGUGUUUGCAUUGGCUUAUCGGAAAUAAUGGCAUCUACGUCAAAAGAAAUGGUUCUUACAUUUGUUCACAGCUUGGUUCCAACCGUACGAAAAGCUUUAACAGAUCCUUUGCCAGAAGUUCGAGUGGCAGCUGCAAAGACCUUUGAAUCCUUACAUAGUACUGUAGGCUCACGAGCACUGGAUGACAUUUUGCCAUAUAUGUUAGAAGGGCUUUCCGAUCCAGAUCCUUCAGUUGCUGAAAAUGCAUUAGAUGGUUUGCGUCAAGUAAUGUCUAUAAAAUCACGAGUUGUAUUGCCCUACUUGGUUCCACAGUUAACCGCACAACCUGUGAAUACAAAAGCCUUAUCUAUUUUAGUUUCUGUUGCCGGUGAUGCUUUAACAAAAUACCUACCAAAAAUUUUAUCCGCUUUGCUAGAAACAUUGUCUCAAUCGUAUGGGUCAGUUAAUGAAACACAAGAACUGGAGUACUGCCAAACUGUAAUCUUGUCUGUGACAGAUGAAGUUGGAAUCCGAACUAUAAUGGAUACACUUAUGAUGUCUGCAAAGUCAGAGAACGUGUGUACUCGUAAAUCAUCAGCUAGCUUAUUGUCUGCUUUUUGCAUUCAUUCACCUGGAGAUUAUUCUCAAUAUAUUCCUCAACUACUUCGUUGCUUAUUGCGUUUGAUGGCGGAUUCAGAUAAGAUUAUAAUUCAAAACGCUUGGGAAGCUUUAAAUGCUGUAAUAAAAGGAUUAAGUCCAACUGAUCAAAUAGGUUACGUAUCAGAUCUACGCCAAGCAGUAAGAUUUGCUGCAAGUGAUUUAAAGGAGUCUGAAUUACCAGGUUUUUGCCUUCCAAAGGGAAUCACACCUUUAUUGCCAGUUUUUCGUGAAGCUAUUUUAAAUGGGUUACCAGAAGAAAAAGAAAAUGCAGCUCAAGGACUUGGUGAAGUUAUUUUUUUAACCAGUGCAAAUUCAUUACAACCAUCCGUCGUUCAUAUAACUGGUCCAUUGAUUCGAAUUUUGGGAGAUCGAUUUAACUCUGGCGUUAAAGCCGCUGUAUUAGAAACAUUAGCAAUAUUGCUUCACAAAGUUGGAGUUAUACUAAAACAAUUUUUACCACAACUACAAACAACUUUCUUGAAAGCGUUACAUGAUCAAAACAGAAACGUUCGAAUGAAAGCGGGUAAAGCAUUAUCAGAAUUAGUGGCUAUUCACUCUAGAGCUGAUCCAUUGUUCAUUGAAAUUCACAAUGGUAUAAAAAGCUCAGACGAUUCUUCUGUAAGAGAAACAAUGUUGCAUGCACUCCGUAGCAUUAUUAGUCCAUCAGGAGACAAAAUGUCUGAGCAAAUAAAAAAACAAAUUUUUUGCACAUUAAUUAGUCUAAUUGGACAUCAAGAGGAUACCACUAGAAAUGCAGUUGGUGGUUGUUUAGGUGCUAUGAUAAAAUAUAUGCCAUCAGUUCAAAUUUCUGAUUUAUUAAAUAAUUGUCUAAUUACAGAUAGUUCUGAUGAUUCAUUCAUUAAACAUGGCUAUACAAUUAUUCUCUUUGUUGCUUUAAAAGAAUGUCCUAAGGAAGUAUUGACAGAAAACUUUAAUGAUAGAGUAAUUGCGAACAUAUUAGUAAAUAUAAUUUCCGAAAAAGUACCGAUUGCUUCUAAUGCUGUUCGAGCUGCAACAUAUCUUUUAGAAUACAAACUACUUCAAGGAGAAGAUCCUCCAAGCAGUUUAAUAGUGGCAUUAGCUAGAGCAAUGAACCAUAGUAGUAAUGAUGUAAAACAGCUAGUUGCAAAGAGUUGCAUUCAUCUUUCUAAAAAUCUUUACCCAGAUCAAAUACAUGUCGAUGUAUUAAAAAUUUUAGUUCCAACAUUAGUAAAUGGCACUAAAGAGAAAAAUGGUUAUGUUAAGUCCAACUCAGAAUUAGCCCUUAUAUCUAUACUGAGGCUAAGAUCUGAUGAAACAAUGUUUAAAAAAACAUGUGAUGUCUUAGAAACAGGAGCAAGAGAUUCUUUAAAUGAUGUCGUAACAAAAGUUCUAAAAAAAGUCGCAGUUCAUGCUACAGUAAGGGAUGAGGAACUAGAUGAUACAUUACAAACCUGAUUAUUUUUAUAGUUGUAAUAAAUGCUACAAAGAAAAAUUGUUUGAAAAUCAAAAAAUGUA